GGGUGCACUGAAAGAAUCUCAUCCAUAAAUUUUAAAAUCCUCAAGAUAAAUGUGCUGCAGCGUUUUUAUCCCAUUUCAAGAUAAAAUUUAUUCCUGGAGUUUACUCUGGUGUUAUCUGUCCCGCUCCCCCAUCAUUCGUUCACUCUCUCCCACCCUACUUCUUACAUUGCCAUAUUUCCCCUCCAAACACUUAAACCUUCGCUUCCACACUUUUCCGUAAAUUCUUUGUCACCCACUUCUCUCUCCUCACUUCUCCUGACAUGUCUUCUCCCUUCCUCUACCCCCUCAUUUCCCCUAGUUCCUCUCUCAACCCUUCCCUGAACUGUGUGUUGUGGACUGUUAGAAGUGGAUUAUCAGUUGUAGUUUGGACGGUGAACACUCAUGGAUUUAAAUUCGGAAGUGUGGGCUCUUUGAAUCAUAUUCCAUAUUGUGUAAAACACAUAAAGGAAGUUACUUCGAGCAGUGGAUUCGCGUUUGGUGCUCCUAAAUUAUAUUUCGUCGAUGCUGGGAGAAACUAUGACGUCUUAUCCUACAGUUUCCACAAACAAACUGGAAGAACAGGGCAACUACCUGUAGUCGCUUACAACUGGGCAAAAGAAGGCAGGACGGGAACUCCGCGUCGUCUCACAAUUGAUAGGCAUGGUAAUCUCUGGGUGCCCCUUUAUCAAGGUGGAGGAGUCAUUCAAGUUAAUACAGACACCAAAGAAAUAAUACAAUUUAUUCCCAUACCUGCACACAGAGUCAGCGCAUGCACUUUUGGAGGUCCUGAAUUUGACAUUUUAUUUGUAUCAACAAUGUGGUAUGGUCACUUAAAUGAACAAGGACAACGCGUAAAGUAUGAUGAAGGUGGUUCAAUUUUCGCUGUCAAGGGCCUUGAAGUGCAAGGGUGGCCGCCGGGACAAUACAAUUUGAAAAUAUCAAGAGUCAUUGAUGAAGAAUUUGUACCUUUGAGUAUAAGAUUUCAAUAAUCCUUUUAUUUAUUUAACAAAUUUCUUUUAUUUGAAAAAACAUCAAUUUAUUGCUUACCACCAGAGAGCGGACGAACCCAUUCUUAAGUUGCACACUGUGCCUAGGCUCGUCUCCCUCAAGACCGUGGAGAAUAGACAUAAGGAGACCAAACUAGUGGAAAUGAAAAUGAACACUUUUCUAUUUCUAGAAUUGUCUGAUUAUUAAUUAUUUAAUUGUUCAA